AUGCCGUCUGUGCAAGUCGUUUUGCUGAGUGGCGAGUCAACGUGGGUGACAGUGGAGUGCACUGAGCAGAUCUAUCGCCUCAGGCGACAGGCGCAGGAGCAGCUCAAAGUGGGACUCGAGCGGCUGUUGAACUCCACGGGGGAGCCCCUCGACGAGCUGAGCACCGUGGCCAGCUCCAAAGUGCAGGAGGGCGACACGCUGACCGCCUUGGGCCGGCGAGGCAAGCUUUGCUGCGGAGCGGAGUCCCUGGCCUUUGCCUUUCUGAGGAGUGACGGUUCUGUGAUGACUUGGGGACACGACACUUGUGGGGGAAGCAGCCGAAGGGUGCAGCGCCAGCUCGUUGACGUUGAAGAUGUGGUGGGGAACAAUUACGCCUUUGCAGCGCGCCGGUCAGAUGGCCGUGUCGUCGCCUGGGGCGAAGGCUUGUGUGGUCCAGGACCGGUGUCCGUGCAAUUGACCUCAGUGGUGCAGGUGGAAGCGACUGAGGCUGCCUUUGCGGCUUUGCGAGCCGAUGGGCAGGUGGUUUGUUGGGGAACGAUUCAGGACGUUGACCAGGAGGUGUUUGAAGUGAAGAAGCUCGUUGCCAGCUCCAAAGCAUUUGCGGCUUUAAGAGCUGAUGGGCGAGUGGUUUCUUGGGGGUUGAGGACCUCAGGGGGUGACAGCAGCCGUGUCCAAGAAAGGCUGAUGGAGGUUCAAAAGAUUUUUGCUGCAAGGAACAGCUUUGUUGCAGAGAGGAGGGAUGGAAAAGCCGUCAUUUGGGGCGAAUUUGAGUUGGAGGAAGAUGAUCCAAUUUUGGAAAGCAUCACGGAUAUUCAGGAGGUUUCUUCCACAGGAUUGGCUCUGGCUGUGCUUCGAAGGGAUGGAGUUGUGGUGGUUCUGGGGAACUCUGAUGGAGCCAAGAACGUGGUCGAGCCCCCAGAGUCGCUCUGCGGUGUCCGUGCGCUGUCGGCCACGCACGGCGCCUUCGCGGCGGUGCUGCGCAGUGGCGCGGUGGUGACCUGGGGCGAUGGGAGCUGCGGGGGAGACAGCAGCGCGGUGAAGGAGCAGCUUCGGGACGUGCGGUCUGUCGCUGCCACAAGCCAUGCGUUCGCAGCCAUCCGUGACGACGGCACAGUUGUAAGCUGGGGACAUCCUGAGAAUGGUGGACAUUCCCAAAGCGUCCAGGAGCAACUCCGGGACAUUCACCAAGUAGCAGGUUCCUUUGCUGCCUUCGCAGCGCUCCGUGCGGAUGAUCUGGUGAUUACUUGGGGCAACCCUGGCGCUGGUGGAGACAUCCAGAUGUGUCAAGAGAUGGCUGGUGGUUAG